AUUUACCGACGAAUCAGACUCCGUCGGUAUUUACCGAGAACUUAGUUCGUCGGAAUCUUCGGAGGAUCCGUCUCCGUCGGUAUAUAGUUUUUCCGAUGAACUCUAGUCUCGUGUGUCCGCAUCGGAAUAUUGUCGGAAGUUCGUCAGAAUGUUAUUUCUCGGUAUUCGUCAGAAAGUCGUCGGAAAUUCUGACGAAAUUCCGACGAAUUCUUUUUUUCCGACGAAAUGAUACCGACGAACGCCUUCGUCAGAAAUGCGUCGGAAUAGGCCUUUUCCGACGAACUUCCGACGAUUUUGGCCAUCAGAAUCUCUUUGUUUUCUUGUAGUGUGUACACAAUCCAAACACAUCGUUGAUCUCAAAGAAGUGCUCAUGAGCCAACGAUCCAACGCCUACGAUCAUCACAAACUUGAAGAACUCGUUGGUAGAAUCGUCAACGACUUCCAAAAAUACGCCGACAAACGAUCGGAGCUGGCCGACCGAAGCUGCUCUUGCUACUUUGCACCGUCGUGGAACUCUUCUCUAGAGAAUGGUCUUCUAUGGAUGGGAGGGUGUCGUCCUUCAUCGUUCAUGAGAAUCAUAUACGCUCUAUGUGGCUCCCAUGCAGAAACUCAGCUUUCUCAGUAUCUCCUCAAGAUGGAUGGAGAAGUCGUUGAUGGGCAUGACGGUGAUAGUUCCAUGAGCGAACUAAACGCAACGCAGCUUGCGAAAAUCAAUGACUUGCAUGUGGAGGUGAUAGCUAAAGAAGAUAAGUUAUCGAAGCUUUCCGCAAAUAUGCAAGAGGAUGUUGCUGAUAUGCCAAUAGCCGUCACGGCUUUCUCGAGUGACUCGGUUGAAGCUGACGUGGCUGUUGAAGAUGCUUUAGAUAAGCAUGAAGAGGGCAUGGCGGUUUUAAUAGCGGAUGCUGAUAAGCUGAGGCUAGAGACACUUAAGAAGAUCGUGGAGGUUUUGACGCCGGUUCAAGCGGCGGAGUUUUUGCUCUCCGGGAAAAGAUUACACGUGUCGCUGCACGAGUGGGGGAGAGUUAGAGAAGAGCGUCGUUUUGGGUGUGCACGUGCGGAGGAUGCUGCCCCUGCUAGAGGUGGAGCUGGGAAGUCCAAGAGAUCAGCCACUUGUUGAUGUAUGAGUGCGAGAGUCCUGUAAGGUUUAAUAUAUAAUCGUGUAAUAUUUUGGUCUAAGUAGACAUGAGAUCAUCUUAAGCAUCUUUAUAUAAUAUUUUGGUCUAAGAGGUCAUUUUAAGCGUCUUUAUAUAAAAUGUUGUGUAAUAUUUUGGUCUAGGUAAGCAUGAGGUCAUCUUAAGAGUCUUUAUAUAAAAUGUUGUGUAAUAUUUUGGUCAAGUUUUUCCAAAAAAAAAAAAAAAAAUUUGGUCUAAGUAGACAUGAGACGCAUAAUAUUUUGCUUUGUGUGUCUUUAUGUGCGUGUGAGGGAGAGAGACGUAGUUACGAGACGCAUAAUAUUUUGCUUUUGUCUUAUAUACAGGCUCUGAAUGUUUCUAAUAGCUCCGUCUCGUACCAUACUUAAGAGUAACAAAAAUCUCUACAUAUAUCAUAUAUCUAUAUGUUUUUAUAAUAUAUCUAUAUGUUUUUAUAACUGUUAAAAUCACAUCGCAGUUGUACCGAUUGUUCCGUACUGCUCAAACCGCUGUUACCAUUUCGGAGUCAUAAAGAAUAAGCAAAAGCUGUAAAGCGUCAAGAGACAACUUUCUCUUAGUUAUGAAUGCACAAAUAAGUUAUGGAUCUAAACGUCAAGAUUAAUUUUGUUUUCUUUUUUGCAAACGUUAAUUUUUUUGCUUUUUUAAUAAAUUAUCAAAUUUAAAUCUGAUUUUUAGAUGUCAAGAGCAUACUACCUCCAAGGCUCCAACGAUAAUAAUGGCCAACUUUAAUAAUUAUUUUGGAAAAUAUAUUUGAAUUUUGAAAUAUUUAACUAAAAACGUAAAAGCCUUAAAAGUAAAGUAAUACUGCAACAACAGUGUACAUCGGCAAUUGGUAUCUUAAAGCAAUAUUAUUGGAGGUUUCUUACUCUAAGGUUGUUAAAGUACAUGUUUGUGUAUGUAUAUAUUAUAUAUGUGUAUAUAAUUGCGGGGUUCUAAGCUUUACGGGAAACUCAACCGAAAGUUUCUAGCUUAGAACUCCGCAAUUACAUACAUAUAUAUAAUAUAUACAUACACAAUCAUAUACUUUAAGAACCUUAGAGCAAGAAACCUCCAAUAAUGUUGUUCUUAGGACAUGUUUAAUGGGAAGUUUUUAAAGUAGAAUUCUUGGUUUUUUAGUUAAAAUAUAAGAGAUUAGUUUUUAUAUUCCGUUAAAAACUCCACUUAUGAAAAUUAAAGGUGGCUCCCUGUUGUGAUUAUGACAUUUGAAUAUUUCUUUUCUAUCCAAAGUAGAAAACAGGCAUGUACGUCGGAUAUAUACAAAUGGGUAAAAAGAUAGAGAUAUUUAUGAAUCAAACAAACCAAAGACUCGAACGUUCAAAGAUGACAUAUGUACAUUUUCUGGAGUAAAGUAAAGUGACAACUACAUCAACUUGUUACUUGUUCUCAGCACGUCAGCAAGAUCACUAGUGCAAAAGAUCUAACUCGGUUGAUAUUUAUAUGACAUAUCAAAGACAUUUCUUAUCCAUGACCGGUCAUGGCUAAACCAAGUGAAACAUUAGCUUAUAACCUAUAAAACUUUUUAAAUUUUAUUUUAAAAAAUAUUAUAACUUUCACUAAAUCGUCUAGCCCCCAAUAUUUUGGGGACGUUUUAAUCGAAUUGUCAUUCAUCAAAGAUGCGUUGUUCUGUUACCACUAUUGUUACUAUUAUUAUUUAUGCAUUUUUAAAAAAAAAUUCUUAUACUAAUAAGUAAAAAUAAAUGUGCUUUAAUGGGGGACAUGUCACUCACGAGACUCGCAAUAACCAUCGUUCCGUGAAGAAAAGACGAGGCAGAUUCGAAUUUCUGGCUAUAAAUAUGAUAAUUUCUGUUUCUUAUUUCCCAACAAGUUACUAGUCAAUUUUUUUUUUUAACUUUUCGGUGGGCAAAACCAGGUUUGCUAGUAUUGCCUUAUUUCAUUUUUUUCUCAAACACUAGAAGUAAAAAGAAAAACAGAUUAUCAUUAGACUGAUUAUCAUUAAGCACGUUCAGAGAAAAGCUCCAAAUUAAAGAACAUACCGGUUAGUUAUAUCAUCAAUGCAUCAUCAUUCAAAUCAACUUCACAAAUAUAUAUGCUUUACUACACUCGCAUGUAGAAUCGAACAAGCUUAGCCACAUCAAGGAGAACACUUUUCUCUUGUAUGUGAUUGUCAAAUCAAAUCAUAAAAAUAUAACAAUCUCCUAAAAUAGAAAAACCUAGACAAACUGCUUUCAACUCGAAACUAACUUCUUUCACACAAUGACCAACAUUUCACAUGGUUCCUCUCAAUUUCUUUACCCACAAAUAGUUAAAACUCCUGUCACAAAGCUUCUCUAUCUUAAUUUCCGCCACAAACUAUUUAAGAAUCAAGAAAAAUAUAUAUUCUUUUUGUCUCAUUUUAAGCAAAUAAACAACAAACCAGAAAGGCAGAAACAAAAACAAAAUUUCACAGACAAAACCAGUAUCAAGCUUCAAGCAACAGAAAGAGGAUUCUUGAGAAGAAGAAAGUAAAGUUUCUUUUAUUUGGCUGUUUUGUAUAUAUUAAACUAUUAAAGCUCGGAUGCGAAAUUGUUUACGGAAGUUAGCAAAAACAUAACUUUUUUUUUUUUUUUUUUUUGAUAACUCUGGUAUCUGGGCAGCCACAUUCCCAACUAUCCCCCCGAAAGGGGUCCAGCGCCCCAACGGAAGGGAUGUUAAAUCCGUUGUGGCCAAGACUCGAAUCCGGGUGGCGGGCAGUACAGCUGUACCUCCUUUACCACCAAGCUACGAGCAAAAACAUAACUUAAAAUCUGUAUCGUAUUUCUCUAACGAUCCCUCCAACAGAAGCAUAACAUAUAUAAUGCUACAUAAUUUGAUUCUACAUUUCACCAACCCUAAACCCAAAUCUUCCACAAGGAGAUAAUCAAAACGUAUACAUAUCCCUCAUGAUCUCUGUAGUUUUUGGCCUUUUAUCUUCUAUUCAGUGUCAGAAGGCAAGAAACAAACCGGUGGAAUUCACGACUGCAGUCGCGGCUUCAUCAAACCGCUGAAACUGUCACAGUCACAAACUUUUUUACUUCAUCAGCUAUUCUUCAACUUAGGUUAGUAAUAUACUGAUAGAAAAACGAGAGUCGAUUCACUUCAGAACCGGAAAAGAUAUUUAAAUAUUUUCAAAAUGAUGUAAUAAAAAAAAAAUUAACCAAGUCAUAUUGACUUGCUGGUAAAAAGAUUCCGGCCUGAGCUUUCGCUUUAAGUUUGAACUAGAUCUUGACCCGCGCGCCAGCGCGGGUUUGAAUUUACGGUUUUUGAUUAUUUAAUUUAACUAAAUAAUGUAUUUGUAAUAUUUAAUAUAUUAUAUUCACUAAGUAAAUUACUUUUUUGUGGGUGUUAAACCAUUGAUUUAUGACGAAUAUUCGAUAUCAUAUAAACAAAUUGAAUAUAUACACGUAAUUAGAGAAUUGUAUACAAUAUAUAAAAAUAAUGGUUAUGAAUGUAAAAUAUGAAGAAAUUAUAUAAUGGCUCCGUAUGGCAUAUAAGAUUGUAAAUUAUUAAUACAUAUUUAAAGAAAAUACAAUGAUUUUUUAAACUUAUAUGAAUAAUUUAACAUAUAAAAACAGUUGAUUUAUGUAAAUAAUUUUAGAUGUUUUAUUAAUAAUAAAUUUUUUUUUUGUUUUGAGAUAAAGAUAAAAAUUAAAUGUCCAUAACCAAUUAUGUUAAAAGGGGCCUUAUUUAAAAAACCCAUGUGCUGUAAAAAAAAAAGAAGCCGAUUUGGUAACCGUUUUUUUUCCGGGAAAGAUAACCAAAAAAAAAUUGUCUUUAUGUUUAUUUUGUUUAAGUUCUGUCGUCAAAAAUUAAAAAAUCUCUUAUCUUCUUCGAUGUUCAAUCUGAGGCUUGUCUUCGAUGUUCAAUCUGAAGACAUUUUUCUGCCGUCAAAAUAGGUAGUGGAAGAUCGAACUUUUGAUUUGGCCGAUCUAUAAUCAUAUAUAAAAGAUAGGAUCAAGGUGAUCAGGGUUCAAAUUAGUUACAUGGAUGUUGACUUGAAGUUUUCGGAUCUCUUUGACAAACUGAUAUGAAGGUAAUUAGACAAUUAAAAGAAUUGAUCUCCUUGUCAGAUUGGAGUGCAAAAAAUAAACGUCAAUAAUACUUAUGAUUCUGCAAAGGUUAUUGAACACUUAUGCAAGGUUAGGUAUAUAUAAUGUAAAUGUGAAGCCCUAAUCAAUGGAAUAUACUUUAAGUGGGGCGGAAGACAUAAUCUUGUGAUUUUAUGGAAGAAUAUAAUUUGUUUCCAAAAUUUCUCCAUAUCGUUCGCAAAUAAUGGGAAACCAGUGAGAUCGUUAUAUCUUUAGAUUUUUUAUAAAUCUAGAAUUGAUUGUUUCUUCCUCUGCAAGAAAAUGAACUGGUUGUAAUCAAAAAGAUAUGAUAUUGAAGAGGAGAUAUUCGAUUAUAGGUUUGUAUUUAA